GCUAAGAAUGGAUCAGGCAUGACGCACCCAAAUUUUCAGACCAACGGAGCAAGUCUAGAGGAUUGCCACACGAACUUCUUCGCUCUGACGGAGCUCUCGGGCAUCAAAUGGCGUAAGCUGGUCUACUGCGAGCUGGGUGGUGGUGCCGCCCCCGGCCACUGCGGCGGCGAGCUCCUCGACGACCCGGUGCUCCGUAGCUACGCCAAAUGCCUCGCCGCCGACAUCCUGUGCGUUUGGCGGCGCGUUUCGACGCCCCGAAGCACCGAUAUGUUCGAACCGGGGCCGCCGCCGCCGCCACCCCUCAGCUUGUCGACGUCGAAGGAACUGUGGAUAUUCUGGUACGGAGAGGAACCAGAUCUGAGCGUCCUUAUCGCACCGGAACUCAACACUCCCGACUGCGAACAGGGCUCGUGGGAGAGCGGCCUGUCCUACGAGUGCAGGUCUUUGUUGUUCAAAGCCCUGCACAACCUGAUCGAGCGAUGUCUGCUCUCUCGCGACUUCAUCAGGUUGGGAAAAUGGUUCGUUCAGCCGUACGAGGGUCCGAAGAAGAACGACUACACCAUGACACAUCUUUCGUUCUCUUUGGCGUUCUUCGUCCACGGGGAGAGUUCUGUGUGCGCCAGCGUCGACGUCCGACAACAUCCGCCGGUCAGGAGGCUCACCAGGCUGCACAUGCAGCAGGCCCAAUCCUCAACCUCGGGCCUGAAAGUGAUUCUGGCUCCCUACGGACUCGCCGGCACGUUGACCGGUCAAACUUUCAAGUCCCCUGACCUAACGGCGAAGUUCCUCGAGGACUGGCGUCAGUUCUACCCUCUGGAUAACAGCAGCAGCCUGACCGACAGCAGCGUCGUCGAAGUGGUCGUCGGUGGCGUGAAAAUGAAGUAUCCAUCGUGUUAUGUCCUCGUCACCGACCUCGACGACAACGACAACUCGUCGAUUAUUAAUUCUGGAGUGAAUCCGACAAACGGAGUGGUGAAGAACGGAACGAGUUCGCCCGUUCUCAUCCAGACCCCGCCGCCUUCGCCGAUCCAAAUCAACAGCAGGGUACCUCAGCCAGGACCGUAUUCGGUAUCCGUCGAGCAUACUUUAUCCAUGUCAAAAGACGAAACUGCCGCUACCGUACUGCCCGAGAGAGUCUGGCAGGAGUGCAUCCACGGCGGACCACCUGGAUGCAACCAGCCAACUUCCAACACACCUCACGAAUUCACCGGACAAUGGGAUUUCGUGGAUCCAAUCAAACGCGCCAAUUGUACCUGUUCUAAGUGUAGAAAGUACGUGGGCAGCAUGACGAGCAAUAAGUGGAGCACCGGUAGCAACACGAAGACAAGCAACUCGCCCCGGCCUUCGAAGGCAGUACGGGGACGUGUACCUUUCCACAGGCGCUCCCCCGUACCUGCAGAGUCCGACAGAUGCUCCGGCUCCUACACCCCGCAAGGCGGCCCGCCUUCGUACCCCCGCACCCAGGAAUCGGUGGCGAUACCGUCGGUGGGCAGCCCGCCGUCGGUGGCGCCGUCGCCGCUCCCGAACCCCCACUCGCAGCCGGCGUCCGUGCCGCCCGGCGACCAGACGAUGCCCCUGCUCUCGCCCCAUCCGCCCACGAUGCUUCCGUCGCCCGAGAAGACGCACACGCCCGACCAGCCGCCGAAGAGCGUCGAGAGCGCCGCCAACAGCCCCAACAGCGGACCGGUCGACGCGAAGAACGAGCAGCAGACGAACGUGGCGAGCGUGCCGGUGCUGAAGAGGCCGGUGUUGAGCGUGAGGGAGUACGAGAGCAGUCUGGGGGAGGAGGAGCAGACGCUGGAGAUGCUGUAUGAUUAUUCGACGUUGGAGGCGUGGCUCAAUCAUCCGGUGAAGAGGUUCAAGCCGGACGGAAAAGAAAAAAGGAACAGGAUAGGCAAGGCGGACAUCUACACGAUGUACAACCAGAACGGGGUCUCGUUGAACAACAACGAUCUAACGAACAAUAUCAAUACCAAAAAUCAGUUUAUUAAGCAAGAGAUUAAGCAGGAGAUGGGGGAGGAGGCGGCGGCGCCGCUGGGCCAGAUGCCGCCGCACGGGAUCAAGAGGCCCGGGGAUCCCUACGAGUUCGACGAGGAGGGCGCCGGCUCGGCGAUAGACGGCUUCAAGAGGGGGCAGGCGGUGGUCAAGGAGGAGCCGAAGGACUCGAAGAAGGUCAGCACGGGGAACCUGUUCACGAGCGAGGGCCUCCAGCCGUCCUACAAAGACCUGGAUCAAAUUUUUGAUAAUUCGGACGACACGAGUAGCGACGAGGCGAUGCAAGUACAAACCCCACCUGGAUCAACAACCCUGAACCAUCACGAAGACAACAAACGGUUAUCUGGACACGGCGGCUGUCCCACCAUGGGUAUCCUCCGACCGGAAGAACUGAGCAAGAUGUUUCCGACCCCUCCCAGUUUAGAACACAACCCUAUAGCUUCACCAUGCGGCCAAUUAGACCUACCACUGCCAGAUUAUACAGAUCUCGCCAUAGUCAGGACCAAACAGGAGAUAUAUCCGAAUAUGGGCAGUCCGCAGGAAGAACACAUAGACGACUGGAGCUACGUUUUCAAGCCGCCCGUCAUCUGCAAGAUGGUCGGUUCGAGCAAGUACGCCCCCCUGACCAACCUGCCCAGCCAGAGCAUGCCCGUCGUCACCCUGCCCACCUACUGCGUGUACAAGCCCUCCUGGCUCCAGCACGCCGAGAAGCCCAUGCAGCAAAUAACGCCGUCGACGAGCGCCCAGCCGCUCCCCAACUCCCUCCCGAGCAACCUGCAGAACUCGUUCCCUCCGAGCCCGCUGCACGGCGGCUUCCGUCAGCCGCCGCCGCCGUACGAGCUGCCGUCGCCGGCGACGUCGACGGCCAGCUCCUACCUGAACAAGAACCUCAACUCGGUGGAGGCGGUGCCGACGCCCUCAGUGCAAAGGACGCCCGAGGCGAACUCGCUCGCUUUGAACGUGCUCCUGACGGACACGGCGUCGAAUAUUUUUCGCGAUCACAAUUUCGACAGUUGUACGUUGUGCGUGUGCAACGCGGGUGGCCGUGUGGUGGGGAACAUACGGGGGGCAGACGCGGGGGUGUAUUUAAUCAGUUCGUCCUGUGAUAAAACGCACGGUGUUCAGCAGCCGAGCAGCCCGUUUCCGGGGGCGUGCGGGAUGGGACAGCCGCCCCCAUACGGAGGAAUGCUCUCGCCGCCCCACCACCAGCAGCAGCAGAUGCUGGUGGACGAGGACGGCAUCAGGUGCAGCUGCGGGUUUUCGGCCGUCGUUAAUAGGAGGCUGGCGUACGGAAGCGGGCUGUUCUACGAGGACGAGAUGGAGAUCACCGGUAAGGCCAAAGGUAUCGCGGAAGACCCCGGCGAGAAGAAGAAAGCCUCCCUCCUCUCGUUCCUCAUCGCCACCAACUCUAUCAAGCUCAAUCCGGCCCUGGACCGCGAGCAAGUCGACAUCCUUCCACACAGUCUUCUCGAACUGAUCCGCGAACAGUGCGUGUUCAUCCCUAGUACAGCAAACGCUUUGUGUCGAGCGGCGCGCUACGUCUACCCGAAACCGACCGUCUUCUCCAAUAACGUGCACGUCCUCGAAUAUUCGGAUAGUAACGAAGUCACCACCAUCGCCCUCGAGCAGAGCCGGAACAUGUUCGAGAACCUCUCCGUGUGCAAGAUGGAGGACGGCCACCAGAAGCACGGCAAGUCGGAGGGCUACGCGGUCCACCGGUGGCCCUUCCUGCGGGCCAACGGACCGCAGUGCAACCAGGACAUCGUCCGAGUCAUGAAAUCCCUGCAGCCGCUCCUCCAGGAAGCGAUCCAGAAGAAGUGCCAGACGCGGCUGUGGGAGGCGCCGUCGGCGGUGAAGGGGCCCUUGACGUGGCGGCAGUUCCACAGGUUGGCAGGCAGAGGCACCGACGACCGCUGCGAGCCCCAGCCCAUCCCCUCCGUCGUGGUGGGCCACGACAAAGACUGGCUGUCGCUCUCGCCCUACGCCAUCCAGCAUUGGGAGAGCCUCCUCCUCGAGCCGUACUCGUUCGCCCGGGACGUCGCCUACAUCGUGGUGGCGCCCGACAACGACGCCGUAUUGCCCCGAGUGCGUGCCUUCUUCAAGGAGCUCUCGACGGCGUACGAGAUGUGCAAGCUAGGCAGGCACAGCCCCAUCACCAAAGUGCUGCGGGACGGCAUCCUGCGGGUGGGAAAAACGGCGAAAACGAAGAUCGGCAACGAGCCCGUGGAGGACUGGUUCACGUUGCUGGGGGAGGGCGAGAUCACGGACAUGCUGAAGUUGUACGCGCAAGUGUGCAAGCACCAUCUGGCGCCGCAUCUGCAGCAGGUGCCGAUGGACAAGACGCUGCUGGACCCGCCCCCGGAAACGGGCGACAAACCGACGCCGAGCCCGAUGCCGCCGCCGAGCACGCCGGACGGCAGCGGGCAGAGCUCGGGGGCGGAGAAGGCGCCCAGCACGCCGAAGAGCGAACAAGAUGCAGACGGCAUGAAGGAUUCAGCACCUCAGUCAAAUACAGUUCCUGAAAAUCCAUACGAUGACGACGAGCGGGAGGUUCCAUCGGUGGUUGUAUACCUAGUGGAGCCGUUCUCGUUGGGCUCGGACCAACCCGAAUUGCAAAGGCUGGCCUGUUUGGCACUAUUACGGUGUUUUCAGUCGGUACUGGCGGCAGUACCAGAGAAUAUCCGAAAUAACAUUAGUGUACAGAUCAUAUCUAUGGAGAGCAUCGUCGAACUUGGCAAAGCCAGAGACCGGACGCGCCAUAGCGACCACAUGCGAGCACUCUCCUUGAACAUUUUCUCUCAAUGUCGCCGCCUCCUGGUGCACACAAACAACGUUAAAUCCCUCACAGGUUUCGGCACGGCCGCAAUGGCCGACCAAUUUUUGAAGAGUAAAGAUGACAAAAACCGCGCCGCCUACAAGCUCUACACCCCUCCGUACAUCUUGGCCCCCAUGCGCGAGAAAGUCGAAGCCGUCGAGUCGUUCGGCAAGGGCACCGGAGACCAAGCCUCCGUCCUCUACCUCAGCUACUGCCUCUCCGAAGAUCAGAGCUGGCUUUUGGCCGUGGCGACCGACGAGCGCGGCGAGAUCUUCGAGACCGUCACCAUCAACAUCGACAUCCCGAACCGCAGCAGACGGAAAAAGGCGUCGGCGCGUCGGAUAGGCCUCGAGAAACUCAUGAACUUCAUCCUCGGCGUGAUGUCGCAGAGCGUGCGUCCGUGGCGGCUCGUCGUCGGCCGGCUCGGGCGCAUCGGCCACGGCGAACUCAAGGGCUGGAGCUGGCUCCUCAGCAAGAAGAACCUCCUCAACGCGUCGAAGAGCCUCAAAGAGAUCUGCAACCAGUGCUCGCUCAUGUACCCCAGCUCGGUGCCGUGCAUCCUCAGCGCGUGUUUAGUCAGCCUCGAGCCGGACUCGGUGCUGCGACUCAUGCCCGACCAGUUCACGCCCGACGAGCGCUUCAGCCAGGUGAGCGUCAACUCGCAGCUGUCGACGCCGCAGGACGUCAGCUGCACGCACAUCCUGGUGUUCCCGACGAGCGCCACGACGCAGUCGUCGCAGACGGCCUUCCAGGAGCAGCACAUCACGCCGGAGCUCGGCGACGACGAGCUGUUCAGCGCGUUCACGGCCGAGGACAUGCCGGAGGGGAUCGACGGGAUGAACGACUUCAGCGAUAUUUUCAACUGGCCGGAGACGGGGCCGGGCGGGGGGCAAAGCCCCACGGGAAGCCCGCGCAGGGAGGAGUCGGGGCAGGAGAGCCCGAAUUGCGGGGUGAACAACGGCAGGCAAGGCAGUCCGUUCCACUGCGGCGCCGCCAACUCGAAAGGCGUGGAGGCGGCGGAGGAGGUGGGCACGUUGCUGCAGCAGCCGCUCGCGCUGGGGUAUUACGUGUCGACGGCGCCGACGGGCAGGAUGCCGAGGUGGUUCUGGGCGUCGUGCCCACAUCUGGAGGGGAUCUGUCCGGCGUUUCUGAAGAACGCGCUGCAUUUGCACAGCCCGAGCAUACAGCAGAGCUCGGACGACCUGUUCCAACAAGCGGCGGUCACGUCGCAUCCGCUGGAUUCGCAGUAUACCACUGAUGUCUUAAGAUACGUACUUGAAGGCUACAACGCUCUGUCUUGGCUAGCGCUGGAUUCGAAUACAAAGGACCGGUUAUCUUGUUUACCUGUCCAUAUGCAGGUUUUAGUCCAGUUAUAUCAUACCACAGCAGCGCUUUUGUAAACCACUGAACUAGUUGGUGCUUUAUUUUUAUAAUUUGUCAGUUGUUGACUCUGAAUAUCGUUUUAACAGUUUUUUUCGUUUUUGUUAAGUUUUUAUUACAAGUAAUCGAUGCGUUCAGAUGAAGCGAAUCAAUGAUUAAAAAAUACUCAUCGUGACGUAAUAGAUAUUUUAGUAUCAGUUAAUUUUUAAUUGUGUGACAAUGCCAAUAAUAUCCUUUUUUAAUUAAGUGUACAAACAAAAAAAUUGUGAUAUUUAGAGGUUAAUUUUAAGAGUAAUCCAAUAAGGGCGCCGAAAAUUUUAAUUAACUGCCAGUUACUUCAGUGUUUUGCAAAGUGUUUUUUGACAAAGUGUGUUAUAUAGGUUGUUGUUUUAUUUGUUGUUAAUUUUGCGAUUUAAAAAAUUUUGAAUAUUGUAAAGUUGUAAAUUAUGUACAAGAAAUAAUUUAUUUUUCUGUUGUUUGUAUAUAAAUAUGUACAAAACGAUAAAAAGAAACCGAGAUACUUAGACUGAAUAAUAGGCAAAUUUAACUAUCAAAAUUUUAUGUAGACCAUACUAAUCGACAUUUGUUGGUGAAUAAUCAAACCAAGUUUGCCAAAGACAGAUGAAGAUAGGACUUUGGGUACAAUCGUGUCUAUGUACAUAAAACGUAAAUAAACAUUUUAGGACAAUUUGUACAUAACAAAUACUUAAUCAAAAAUUUCUGUCAAUUUGCUACAUUUUACAAUAGUCCUAGCAGAAAUGUUAUUAACCGAUGUACGUAUAUUGAAUGUAAUAAAUAUGUAUUAAAAAUACUGGGGCCAAUGGUUUAAACGUAUCUUAUUAAAACUUGCCUCAGAGGUUAUCACUAAAUGGUUCACAACUCGGGUGUUUCAAUGAAAUGUUUCGACGGCCUGUGCAUGAUUUCGUUACCUAUUUAGUUGUAGCAUUUACUGUCGUAAUUACGGACGCGUCUUACCAACGUACUUAAACAAAGAUCUCAUUAACCGUAUGUUGGUAAAGAUACAAUGUUUCGUUUUUGUUUAUUUCCUCGUUGUCCUUUUUUGUUUCACCAUACUGUGAUUUUGGUUGCUCUGUGGAGUCAGUAAUCUGAAACAAACUGUACUAAUAAUUUUAACAGUAUUUUAUAUAACUUUGUAAUUUCCUGGCGUUUCAUCUUUACUUACCUGCUAUUCUUAUUUAUAUACUUAUUUAAUUUUACAUAAUAUAUUUUUAUUAUGAACGGUAUAGGACUGUUACUUGUUCAAAUAGAGACGUUCAACAUUUGUACUGUACAUAAAUAGCUACUGUUGUAUAAGAAUAUGUCAAUUUUAGGGAAUUGGGAUUUAUAGUUAAAUAAAUUUGUAAAUAUUUUAUUGACAUUAGUUGAAAUAGCAAAUACACAUAAAAUGUUAAUAACUUUAUAAAUAAUUAUAUACAUAUAAUUAGGUAUUAUUAAUAAAUCGCUCCAUGAGUAUAA